AUGUUACUUUCAAUUUUGAAUACGUUGGUGUGGCCGAGGAGAAACACUCUGCUGAGAGGUUUCUGAGCAGGGAGCGCCUCUCUUCCAGGUUUCCGAAACCCUUUUCACAAACACCCAAGGCUUCCUUCCGGGCCCAGGGUGUCUAACGUCUGAUAGUCCCUUGCAUCUUGAAGCAAGUUUCACAAGAGAGACCUGUCGGCAGCCAAGAGAGGGUACCCGGGAGGCAUGGCCGAGGGAAGGUAUUCCUGGUGCUCGCGAGGGUGAGAAGUUCCAGGGUGACUUCACCUCUGCAGGAAGAACCUGACAGAUGACCUCCCUCUGUGUCAUACCAUCCUCUGAUCUGGGAAAGAUGGUGUGUUCCUGGGACUUCUCUCUGCCAAGAGGCCUCUUCUUUAUCCUGCUUCUCCAGGUGUCCAUGUGGGGCUCCGAUUCAUUUUUGGUGAUUGGCCCCUCCGAGCCCAUCGUGGCCAUGCUGGGUGGGGACACAGUGCUGCCCUGCAGCGUGUCCCCAGCCAUGAACCUGGAGACCAUGGAGCUCUGGUGGUUCCGCUCCAAACCCUCAGAACCUGUGUACGUGUAUCGUGAUGGGGUGGAGCAGCCAGGAGAACAAAUGGUCGAUUUCAAAGGGCGAGCAGAGUUGCUGAAAGACUACAUCAAUGAGGGGAAGGUGGCUGUGAGAAUCCACAACCUCCGAGUCUCAGACAAUGGAAUGUACAAGUGUUUUUUUAAAAAAGGAAGUUAUUAUGAAGAAGCCAGUUUGGAGCUAAAGGUGAUAGGUCUGGGUUCUGGUCCUCAUACUUUCAUGGUGGGUCCAGAAGAUGAAGGAAUAAGGCUGAAGUGCACCGGCAAGGGAUGGUUUCCCCAGCCGGAGGUACAAUGGAAAGAUGCAAGAGGAGAGAAGAUCCCAUCUCUCUCUGAGGAUGAGACACAAGACGAUGAUGGGUUGUUUCAGAUUGAGGCUUCCGUCAUUGUGAGAGACAGCUCACAGUCAGAAGUGUCCUGUUCCAUGAAGAACCCCUUCUUUGGACAAGAGCAAGUAGAAACCAUUUUCAUUCCAGAACCCUUCUUCCCUAGGACCUCUCCUUGGAAGGUAGCAUUCCUUGUGACUUUCCUGAUUCUUGGGAUUUUCGUGGGUGCUGUUGUGUAUUUGGCUUGGAAAGAACAACAGGAAAGGAAGAAAUUAUCCAAAGCCCAGAAGGAAAAGGAGGAGGAAAUGAAUGCCAAAGUAUCCUUUGAGAAAGAGCUUGCCAGAAGGAAGGAAUUAUAUCAGCAAGACUGGAGAAAAGCAGAGAUAUAUGCUGACUGGAGAAAGGAACAGUUCAAAGCAAUGGCUGUUACUCUGGAUCCAAACACAGCUCAUCGAAACCUCAGCUUAUCUGAAAACGGAAAGUCUUUCACAGAGAAUGUUCCUCCGAAUGGUGACACCCCAGCACUCCAAGACCAAGGGGCGUCUGAAGACAUCCUCAAUGUUCUGGGCCAGGAAUGCCCUUCUGCAGGGAGACAUUACUGGGAGGUAGAAGUAAAGGCAAAGACAGACGAUGGAUCCGGAACGAAGUGGGCUCUGGGUGUUUGCUCCAAAACAGCAUGGAGAAAGGGGUGGUUUGUGGAAAGUCCAGAGAAGAAAUUCUGGGUGGUGAUGUACAAAGAAGGAAAAGUCAGUGUUCCCGCCUCCCACAAAGAGUCGCUGUCACUGAGGCAGCUGCCCCGCAGGAUAGGCGUUUUCCUGGACUGGGAUGCUAAGCAAGUGUCUUUUUACAACAUGAUUGACGGGUCCCACAUCCAUUCUUUUACCGGAAUCCCCAUCCAUGAGCCUCUCUAUCCUUAUUUUAGCCUUAGGGGUGCUGGCACAUCGUUGACCAUCUGCUUAGAUUCAGAUCACACUGAAACUCGUCCUGAUUCGUCUUCAAAGCCCUUGGUAACCCACUCAAAUCGUUGUGAUCUAAGUGUCCCCCAAGAAGCUCUCUCUCUAUUACCUCCUUGAGCAGCGAGUCGGCACCCCUGCUGCCUCUGCAGGAGCUUCUUAUGGGUGUGUCCACCAAGAAAGCUGUCCUUCUCGUUAGGUAUAAGUUCAAUCCCUUUCAGCGAGAGAGAGAGAAAUGCGACAGCUGGAAAAUGACUGUGAGAAUUUCCUCUCGUGUUACCUUUGCGGAAAUACUCUCUGUGGGCAACCACGAUUUGUCACAGGAAAACUCCUUGUAAACGCAUGGACCUUUCUUCAGUUCAGGUACUUAGUGUGUUUCAAAGUAAAUACGUUUAAAGUUACAUCUAAAGAGAAAAAUCUCUCUUCUUACAUGUGUCGUCAAAUUUGGAGGAGUGAGUGGAGUUUGAAGGGAAGGGUCCCUGUUGAGUAAAUUCUCAAUACACGGUGCUACUGCAAGAUGUAUGCACAGAAAUCAGUUCGUCUUUUUUCUUUUUCUUUUCAGGGCUGCACCUGCAGCCUAUGGAGGUUCCCAAGCUAGGGGUUAAAUCGGAGCUAUAGCCACCAGCCUGUACCACAGCCACAGCAAUGGAGGAUCCAAGCCGUGUAUGUGACCUACACCACAGCUCACAGCAACGCCGGAUCCUUAAGCUACUGAUCAAAGCCAGGGAUCAAACCUGCAACCUCAUGGUUACCAGUUGGAUUUGUUUUUGCUGAGCCACAACAAGAACUCCUAGUUCAUCUUUUUUUUUUUUAAUUUUUAAUUUUUUAAAAAAAUUUUUUGGCUGCACCUACAGCAUGAGGAAGUUCCUAGGCCAGGGAUCAAACCUAUGCCACAGCAGUGACAACAUCAGAUCCUUAACCUUUAGGCCACCAGAGAACUCCUGUUCAAGUCUUUUAAAAGCUAGUAGCUCAGCUUGUUCCCUCUUCAGACUUUAGUGUUCAUCAAAUUCUAAAACUUGGACUUUGCCAAGAGGUGGGGAAAUAUGAUAAAUAACUAUAAACCAUUUGAGCAGGAGACCAAGCCUUCUGGAAAGGAAGAAACUUUUUUUUUUUCUUUUUAGGGCCACAUGCAUAGCAUACGGAAGAUCCCAGGCCAGGGGUCAAAUCAGAGCUAGAGCUGCUGGCCUACACCACAGCCACAGCAAUACCAGAUUCGAGCCACGUCUGUGACCUACACCACAGCUCACGGCAAUGCCAGAUCCUUAACCCACUGAGAGAGGCCAGGGAUCCAACCUGCAAGCUCAUUUUUUUAAAACCAGUUCUCACUGAUCAGCAAGUCCAGAAUUGUAUGAAAAUAAAAAAAAAAAAGAAUGUUGCAGUUUAUGUUUUCAGAGAAAAAAAUCAUCACAUAGGUUUCAUGAGGAAAUAGUCGUUGUUAACAUUGGCUUUUUUUGGAGCCCCUUGUGGUUCAGUGGUAACGAAUCCGACUAGUACCCAUGGGGUCUCAGGUUUGAUCCCUGGCCUUGUUCAGUUGGGAUCCUGCAUUGCCAUGAGCAGUGGUGUAGGUUGCAGACGUGGCUUGGAUCUGGCAUUGCAGUGGCUGUGGUGUAGACUGGCAGCUGCAGGUCCUAUUCAACCCCCAGCCUGGGAACCUCCAUAAACUGCAAGUUUAGCCCUAAAAACAAAAAAAAAACAAACAAACAAACAAAAACAAAAAACAAAUUGGCAUUUUUUUUUCUUUCUAACCAAGUUCCUCUCACUGUUGAGGGUCACCUUUGCCUUUAGUGCAUCUAAGUGUUACUAAAACUCAGCCUCUGUUCACCGGUGCCAAACAGAAACUCAGAGACAGAAUUUCGGGUGAGGUGGGUGCCCUCACCCAGGCAAAGGCGCCACAGCAGACUAGUGCCCUCAAGACUGUGCCCUCCCGGAGUUCCGGUCGUGGCGCAGUGGUUAAUGAAUCCGACUAGGAACCAUGAGGUUGCAGGUUCGAUCCCUGGCCUUGCUCAAUGGGUUGAGGAUCCGGCGUUUCAGUGAGCUGUGGUGUAGGUUGCAGACGCGGCUCAGAUUCCAAGUUGCUGUGGCUGUGGCGAGAGUGGCCCAAGAAAUGGCAAAAAGACAAUAAAAAAAAAAAAGAGAGCGAUUGUGCCCUCCCUUGAGUGAGAGAGAAAGGUGUCUUAUAGUCUAGGGGUAGAAAAUAGGGCUGCAAGGUAAGGAUGUAAGUAAUUUACUAAUAAAUUUGUCUUCAAAAUAUAAAGGGUAUAUAAGGACAUAUCAAUGUAUCCAAAAUGUUUAAAUCAAACCCCAGAGAAAAGUGAACCCUGAUGUAAACUAGGGACUUUAAUUGAAAAUAAUGUCUUAAUACCAUUUCAUCCGUGUCACAAAUGUACCCCAGCAAGGCAGGCUGUUCAUAACAGAGGAAACUAGGGGGUGAGAGGGGAGGCAUAUGAAUUAUACACUCGAUUUUGCUGUAAACCUAAAACACUUCUUAAAAAAAUAAAGUCUUUUAAUUUCAAAAAAUUAAUGAAUUUCUGAUACAUGUUGCAAUGUGGAGGAACUUUGAAAACAUUAUGCUAAGUAAAAAAAAAAUAGACACACAAAAAUCCAUAUAUUUUAUGAUUCCUUUUCUAUGAAAUACCCAACAUAGGCAAAUUCAGAAAGACAGAAAGUAGGUUAGGGGCUGGAGAGAGGGGGAAAUGAGUAUGGCUGAUAAAUGGUGAUGACGUUUCUUUUUGGGAUAAUCCAAAUAUGCUAGAACUGGAUACUGAUGAUGGUUGUACACAUAGUGAAGGAA